CCUCAGAAUGUCCGUACCAAGGUCGCCAUUUCCAUCCGCAUCCAAAAACAAACCAUCCCCGAUCAACAGCCCAUCGCUCCCCGAAGAGCUGUUCAACAAUCAGCACAGCACAUCCAAACUGCCGCCACUGAGCACCACAGACACGCUUUCACAACCGUUGAUACGCAGCACAAUGUACGUGGUGCCGAACAAUACGGGGCUGUUUGAGCGUAUAGGUGUGCCCUUGAUGCUGGUGAUCCAGCCCAGGAUUAUGAGCGUGUGUGUAGAGCGCGAUAGCAUGGCUAGGUGUGGGCAGUGCACGUCGUAUGUGUGUGAGUACACCAAGGUUGAGGGGUGUACGUUCAAUUGCAACAUCUGCGGGGCUAAGAAUCGUACGGAGAACGAAGUCACGGAUUUGGAGAACACGUUGAUAGUGGGUGCUAGGGAAGAUGCGGUUGCCGAUGAAAAUGAGCUUAAUGACGGUGAAAUGACGAGCAAGCACUUUUUUAACACCCGGGAAAGGCACAGCGUGCUGCUGUUCUGUUUGGAGUGCACCAACACGGCAUACUACCAGCAGUGCGUGAGUGCGCUCGAGAGCAUAUUUACGAGUGAUGAGCCGCCCACCACGGCAACACAUGCGCUGUUCUUCGUAUUCUCCGACACGUUACGCGUGCCUUACCGCAGGAACGGCGUGUAUUACGAGAAGGUACUGCUCGACAAUAAAAUAUUCCUGGACACGAGCGUAAUGGUGCCCAUAGAUCAGGUUGAUGCGCAUUUCAUAGCGCGUUUGCGGGCAAUACGAUCGAACGGCAAGAGCGUGCUUACGUUACCGCUUGCACUGAUAGCACAUUUUAGUCGGUUGGUCGAGUUCACCAAGGUGCUGCUGUUUACACGCGAGAAUGUGAUGAGUGAAAGCGAUUACACCACACUGAUCGAUGAUUUUAUGGAGAACAGGGUGGUGUUCAACUUGUUUGGGGUGAGGGGAGUGGUUGAGAGUCCUUUGAAUCGAAUCGUGGUGAGCACAAACGGGCGGUCCUACAUGGGUAAGGGUGAGCUGGUUGGUGGCAGAGAAUCGAAGGAUGAAGGGUUGGUGUAUGGUGCAGGGAUGAGAAGCAAUGGGGGGAGUGCGCGAGAACUUAGCCGCAUCAGGGACAGCUUGGCUGAGAGAGGUGAUGGGAUGAUGGGCAGUAGCGAUGUGGGGAAGGGUGCGGGAGUAAACCGCAACGUGUACGAUAACGAGAAGGAUGAGACGUACCGCCUCGCCAAGAACUUAAGAGAAUGCGUGGAGGAGACCGUGAUGUACGAUGUAAAGUGCGAGGUGAAAACGAGCGACUACGUCAGAAGGAACAACAUCUACGCCAACAGUGCAGAGGAGGUGGCAAUGUCCUUCCCGGUGGUGCACAUGACCGACAGGUGCACGAUAAGUUACACAUUUUACGUGGACGGAAUGCUUGAUGGCCCGGUGUACGUGCAGUGCGUGUUGUACUACCGCGAUAUCGCCGAUUUCAAGCGAAAAGCGCUGAUCAUGAACAUCAAGCUGAGAACAAGCGAUAACUACAGCAGCAUUUACAACCACCUGAGCAUGGAUACGAUAUUUUCGUACUACGUGAAGGUGUUGGCAUCGGAGAUCGGCAGAAUGGAGGAAAACAGAAAGUUCGUGAUGGGAAAUGUGGUGCGUACCCUGAGGACAUACAGGAUGAGCACACAGGGCUCGCAGGACAACCACCUUGUACUGCCCGAGAGCAUAAAGAACCUGCCCGUGCUGGUCAGCGCUCUGUUCAAGAACAGGGCGUUCAACACGAUGGUGGGCCUCUUCAACGUGCGCACAAUCUCGAACUGGCCGGUGCGUGAUGUGCUGCGCUACUUCUACCCGCGCAUGUUCUCGCUGGACGCGUUCUAUGACAAGCGCGACCUCAAGGACGUGAUGUGCGCACGGCUGCAGUACGAGCAGCUGCACGAUGGCGAGGGAUACGUGAUCGAGAACGGACAGGUUGUUUACUUCUACCUGCUCAAGAUGGUGGAGCACAGAGCGGAUGAACACGAGCUUGAGGAGCUGAUUGCCAGUUUUGUAAGCGAGGAGAAGGAAAUGAUUGAAAGCCUGAAGGAGCAGAUCGAUACGUACUACGGGCGUGAGCUGCUGGUGAGGUUCGUGAGGAAUGAUAGCGAAAUACUGGGAAUGAUGGUAGAGGACAGGAUUGGCGAGUACAAAUGCUAUAACGAGUUUUUGUGCGAGAUCCACUACAAGAUAAGGAGUUAAGUAAAGCGGUGUGGUCUAUGAAGGACUUAGCGGGUGGAUGCGUGUCUAUGGCUGUGCUUCUUGUGGAUCAGGUG